AUGAGAAAACUUGUAUCUUCUUCAUCCACGGAAAGAACGGCCGUAAAAAGCGUCAUAUCAUCGGGCAGAUCCAUCAUUAAUAAAAAGCAUCAAAAUGGCCUCGGAGUUGGGAAUGUAAAAUCAUCUUCAUUAACACUUGAUUAUAAAGGCAGUAGAUUAAUGUUAGAGGCUUGCACGAAUCUUUAUGAGAGAAAUUUUCAUCAUCAGAUUAACCCAAAUCGAAAGGAAUUACAAUCGGUGUCAUAUCAAGAAAAAACUCUGAAGGAAGGCGAUGUUAUUGAUGGAUGGGUUUUGGAAGCUAUUCAAGAAUUGAAGGAUUUUGAUUUGGUGGCUUAUCGUUUAAAACAUACACAAACAGGAGCUGAGUAUUUACAUUUGGAUGCUCCUUUUGAUAUGAACAACUGUUUUGCCAUCACGUUUGAAACACCUCCAAAUGAUGACACUGGAAUACCACACAUUUUAGAGCACACAACAUUAUGUGGUAGUGAAAAGUACCCUGUCCGUGACUUGUUCUUUAACAUGAUGAAGAGAAGCUUAAACACUUAUAUGAACGCAUACACAGCUAGUGAUCAUACGACAUAUCCAUUUAGUACUCAAAACGAAAAAGAUUUCUAUAAUUUAAUGUCUGUUUAUUUGGAUUCUACGCUAAGCCCUAGAAUUUUAAACACAGAUUUCAAACAAGAAGGUCACAGAUUGGAAUUUGAAAAUCCUCUUGACGCAAACUCUCCAUUGAAAAUUAAAGGAGUAGUCUAUAACGAAAUGAAAGGGGCAAUGAGUGACAGUAAUCAGUUUUUCGGAACCCAAUUGCACAAAGCCGUACUUCCCGGCACAAUUUACGCCUUCAACAGCGGAGGAGAGCCACAAGCUAUUCCCAAUCUCACUUAUGAGGAAUUGAAAAAUUUCCACAAGCAAAACUACCAUCCAAGUAGAGCAAAAAUAUUUACGUAUGGAUGUUUCUCGUUUCUGAAGCACAUCAAAUUUAUGAACGAGAACGCCUUUUCAAAAUUCUCAGCACUUCCAUCAAGAAAAGUUCCCAAGCAAGUGCAAAGAUUCACUGAACCAAAGAGAGUUGAGGUUUUCGGUCCUCCUGAUUCUAUGGUCAUUGACGAGCAGAAACAAACCAAGGUUGCCAUUGCAUACGUGAUGAAUGACAAGAGCGACACAUUUGAAACAUUUUCUCUCUCAUUUCUUUCGGCAUUGUUAAUGGACGACCCAAGAGGUGUGUUCUAUAAGAAUAUUAUUGCUUCUGGCUUGGCACCUGAUUUUGCACCUUACUGUGGAUUUGAUUCGAGUGUAGGUGAUCCUAUAUUCACAAUUGGAGCUCAAGGUAUCGCAAACGAUCAAGUUGAGGCGGUGGAAAAGGCUAUUGAGGACACAUUCCAUGAAGUAAUUGAGAAUGGAAUUGACCAAGGACUCAUUGACACCGUUCUCCAUAGCUUGGAGCUAUCUAUCAAGAAAAAGUCUCCAAACUUUGGUGUCAAUAUUUGUUUUCCAGUGUUUUCAAAUUGGAUUCACAAUGACGAUCCCAUUAGCACGUUCAAAAUUAAUUAUUUCUUGGACAAGUUGAGAAAGGAAUUAGAAAAUCCAAAUUUCUUCAAAGAUAAGAUUAAGAAAUACUUUCUCAAUAACACUCACAAGGUCACCUUUGUCAUGAAUCCAGAUCCAAAUUACUUUGACAAGCAAGAAGCCAUGGAAGCAGCAAAACUUGACACAAUUUCAAUGGCACUUUCUGAAUCAGACAAGGCACAAAUUGUUGCAGGAUAUAAGGAAAUGGAGGAAACCAAGGUUGAGCAAGCAAAGAAUGUUGAAGUAUUGCCAACAUUAACGGUUGAUGAUCUUUCGAGGAAACUUAUCGAUGUGCAAACAGUUCAACUCGUGAAAGACAAGGCCGAACCUGAGUUUCAUAUGAAUGUUGUGAAAGGCACCAAUGGAAUUAUUCAUGUGACGACCAUAGUUCCAUUUUCUCUUGCCGAGGUUCCAGAUCAUUUACAAAAAUUCGUGCCAAUAUUUGGAGAUCUUCUUGUCAGAGUUGGAACAAGCAAAUUGAAUUAUCUCCAACUCGCUCAUCAAAUUGAGCUCCAUACUGGCGGAAUUGAUGCUUCUCCUAUACUUGUUCCAAGUCUAGAAAAAAUUGAUGAAUUUUCCUUUGCUCUCAAAUUUUCUUCGUAUUGUUUGGAGCGAAAUGCAGAGAAAAUGGUCUACUUGAUGAGAGAAAUAUAUACUGAUGUAAACUUCCUUGGAGACUUGAAUUUCUUACAAAAUUGCGUUGAUCAGGCUGCAUCUGACGCUGCAAGUGGAAUUUUACACAGUGGUCAUCACUACGCCAAACUUCAUGCUGCUUCCAACAUUACGUUCUAUGAUUCAUUAAUUAAUGCUACGAGUGGAAUUGAUGCCAUGAAGUUUUUGAAACAUCUCUCCACAAAUGCCAAUACUGAAUUGAUUGCAAAUUCGCUGCAAGAGCUUGUACCUUAUUUAUUGCGAAAGAAAAAGAUGAAAAUUCUCAUCACCUGUGAAGAACAUCAACGAGAUCGAAUGAUGAGAGUGAUGGAAAGGCAAUUCUAUGAGGCCAUUGAAAAUGAAACAUUGACCAGCGAGGCCAAGAUGAAAACUCAACUCGAAUUUAAACCCAAAUUUAUCAAUUCCUAUCUGUCCAUACCUUCCUCCGUGAGCUUCGUGGGUAGAGCAUUAAUGACCACACCAUUUGUCACCAAAGAUUCAGCUCUUCUUCGAGUGGUCUCUGCCAUUCUCCAUUCCAAUUAUUUGCAUCAAGAGGUGAGGGAACGUGGAGGUGCCUAUGGAUCCAACGCUUCUCAAAGCAUGAAUGGUGUUUUUACCUUCUCUUCUUAUAGAGAUCCAAAUCCAAGCAGAACCAUUGGUAUUUGCUCCAAUGUUGCUGAGUGGAUUCAAAUGAAAGACUCUGUUACUCCAAAAACCAUCCAAGAGGCCAAAUUGCAAGUGUUCCAACAUUUGGAUGCACCUGUAACACCUCAUGCUCACGCCCAGAGUAAGGUUGUAUUUGGAAUUGAUGAUGAGUUAAGACAAUUCAGAAGAAAUGUCAUUUUAGAUGCGACACGAAGUGAAAUUGUUGACACAUGUGUGAAAUAUUUAAGUCGUUCACCCAAUGUUGCAACAACGAUUAUUGGAGGUAAUUUUGAGAAGGAUAUUGCAGAUGAAACACAAAGAAAUCAAUGGGCAGUUGAAAAGGAGGAAAUGGACAAUUCUAGACAGUGA